AUGGAUAGUCUCGACUUAUUAGCCGCUAUAUCCCUGCAAGUAGAUGCAACCUUUUCUGCUCGCCGAACCUCGAAUCGAUGGGUAGCUGAAAACAAGUCACAGGAUUUGCCGACGACUGGCGAGGUCCAGCAAGUUGGAACAGUUGAAACCACUCUAGGCCCGAAAAUGAACGACGACGACGACGACGACGACGACAAUACCAUGGUCAUCAUCAUCAUCAUCAUCAUCAUCAUCAUCUACGCCGGCUUGCGGCUGCGACCAGGUGCCGCAAAACGUUGCAAAGCUAAGCGUGGACACCCCACAUGCGGAAUACUGGAGAAGAUGCUUUCUUGA